AUGAUCGUGCACGUUCGGUCGACUAUUUCAAGCGGGCACGAGUACGUGCGCGCACUCGCAUUCUUUGUGUGGCAGCGUCCUGAAGCGCCAAAAGCGUAACCAUGGCUGAUGAAAAACCUAAGGAGGGAGUGAAGACAGAAAACAAUGACCACAUAAACCUGAAGGUGGCGGGCCAGGAUGGAUCUGUGGUGCAGUUCAAGAUCAAGAGGCACACUCCGCUCAGUAAACUCAUGAAGGCCUACUGUGACAGACAGGGACUGACGAUGAGGCAAAUCAGGUUCAGAUUUGAUGGACAGCCAAUAAACGAGGCAGACACACCGGCACAGUUGGAAAUGGAAGAUGAAGAUACAAUUGAUGUAUUCCAGCAACAGACAGGUGGCCUGAAUUAAUUAUUCCUGUGCUUCACCAUCUUCCACCUCCCCCCAUCAUCUUUCCCAGCCCCAAGUUCACCCAGACUGCUUCUUUGCAACUUGCCCCAUUGUCUCCACAAAAUGCCACGCAGAAGAAGUCGUCAUUUCCCACCUUCACCUAACUGCUGUUGUAUAGUAUUUUCAUUCUUUCCCCUGUUCCCUUCCAGUUUUUGUACAUAAACCACGUCAAGAUCACUAUGUUCAGGUGUUGUUUGUUUAUGCCAUGCUGUGGCAGAUGUUAAGGACCUCAUCCCAAUUCGAAGGGCUCGUUCUAAGGAUGCAGGUGAUUAGGCCUGGUCAAAGAGUGAGGAUCACUAAUGAGUAUUGAUCAAAUGGCUUUGGGUCAGGCUUGAUCAGCAUCCAGAAAUGUGCUCUAAAAGUCUAAUGUUUUGGGACUGGCUUUUACUCAGAGAACAAUGCCAUUCCCAAUGUGGGAAUGGGGCUGGAUUGUUGUUUGGUUAAGUUUCUGUUAUCUGCGGAGAAGAGUCGGUUUUAUAUCUUUUUUAUAUAUAUAAAUAUAUAUAUAAAUAUAUAUAUAGUGGAUGUUUAGAAAAGUGUCUUGACUAUUAGCUUAACUAGGCCAAGCUUAAAAUUUGGGAGGACUUAAGAGAUGUUUCAGUGCAAAUAAACAACUGUAUUGUCUAAGAAGAUGCUUGUUAAAAUAAAGCUAUUGUCUUUUUAUCCAAA